AUGCUGAGAAUGUUUCUCCAACAAGUGAUGGACCGUUCCUCACAUUACAUCGCGGCGUACGGGGAUCUUCCUCAAAGUAGGGGUCCACAAUUUGUAUGAAGCUCUCGUCUUCUUGUUCCAUUUCUCGUCUAUAGGUCCUCCCGUCAAUACCUAUCGCGGUAUUUUGGAGAUCGAGCUGGCUAUAGUAAUCUAUCAUUCUAACAAUGGUCUCAGCUGCUAUUAUAGGGUGUACAUCAUGUGCAUAAAUAUGCUUUGCAUCGACAGUCUCUGCAGUUAGAAACUUAGCCGCACGGUGCCAUGAAAACGAUGGAUGAAGCUGUGGCCAGUGUGUAAAAAUAUUCGAACAGAAGGAUACCGGGCCAGAUUGAAGGAAGUGGAGAGCCAACAUAUUGAGAUGAUAGGAAGAAAAGAGUCCAUUACGGCUGUCCUUCAGCUUGACCACAUCAAAUAAUGAAUUCAACCAGUGAAUAACAAUUGGCACAACUAUGCUUCUCUGCAAAUAAUCACUGAACGUUUAUCGAAGGAUGAAAUAAUUCUAAUCACUGACCUCGACACAAGUCCUCACAAAAAGCGAGGAACGUAUAGAACCAAUAUUAUUGAACUGCAGAUCCACACAAGUCCCAUCAUGACUGCGGAAUUUCAAUAAUGGCACCCGAAAACACAUUGGAAUGAGGUGUUUAAUUAGCUCGUUGUAGAGGCUACAGAGUAUACAACUACGAGGAUACAGAAGUUAUAAACCGAGUUGCAAAAUACAAGCUGAUGGACUGAACCAGCUUGGACGAGCUUAGAACCAUUCAGAGUCGCAGCAACUCUAUUCAUAUGUGCUCGUCUAAACGCCUCGACAUUCGCGAAUUUUUUCUCGAAACCCGCUCUUUGGUUAUCUUUUUGAUGAGUGAUGAGAACAAUGUCCAGAUCUGAAUUCGCUUUCUUCAGUCCAUUUACACAGCUCCCAAUCGGCACAACAGUUUGACCACUACGUGAGAAUAACUUUUCCAGUUUCUUCAAGUACUCUAUUGUAUUCGAAUACGAUUUGUAGAAAUCAUAUGUGCGUUGUUGCUGAUCUUUUAAGAGAUCCGAUUCCCACCGACUCAGCCUCCUGUAGUGCUUGGAAAUAAAUUCAUCACUGAACUGGAAGUCGACAUCAAGGUAUGUGGGAACGGAGCGUGAUGAGAAUGCUUUGUUGAGACACUGUGCAGAUGCCCGUUUGAGCAAAAACAUGUAGUGCUGAGAACUUCUCGGCAAUCGUCGAAAUCACUCAUGUGAAAGCCUAAGGGCUGUCCCUCUCCAUUGGUGCAGAAUAAUGUCCUUGUAGAAAACGACCUAAACAGCAAGCGAGGUUGCUAA